AUGCAUAUUUGUUUAUUUUCUUAUUCCACAUUCUACUUAGGCAUUAUGAUAACAGAUUUGAAGAUUAAAUCCGCUUUAAAGCAAUUAUUUGCCGAGUUUGUGGCCUUAGUUCCCAUUUCUGAUAUUCUUAUUGAAUUAAGAUCUCGAUCUCUAAUGGAUGAUAAUGUUAUCGCUCAAAUUAAAAAGAUGCCAACCAGAGAAGAUAUGAGUAAAAAAUUUAUCCAAGUCCUGAUCCAUCAUUGCAAUCAUUUCACUUUCUACAUACUUUGUAGCAUAAUUAGAAAUCAUCCUGAACAAGCAGUUCAAGCAUUUGGAUUAAAAUUAGAUCUGCUUGCACGAGACUUACUUCGUGAUGUAAUGGAGGUUCCAAUUCAUCGUUACAUCUACGUCAUUGAUUCCGUGAAUGCCAUAGCUUCUAAUUUGAAAAUGAUUCAUGGAAAAAGUGGUAAAAUUAUAGUUCGUGGUACAGCUGGCUGUGUCGACAUCAAUGAAGAUAGACUGUUACAAAAACUUUUGAGUUUGUACCAUCGAUUAAAUGCCGGAAUUGCUAUCACGCAGUCACCUACUGAUCUAAUAGAAGUGGUAGAUUGCAUUCAAUACUAUCUACAUGAUAAUAUAAAGGGAGCUUGUCCUCUUUUUAUAUUUGACGAUGUUCGAAAUCUCUCAUUUAUGGAUUAUUUUACAUUUGCUGAUAAAGCAGUUGUGACUACACACAAUUUGGAUGGUCCAAUUGACGAUUCUUUCCAUCAAAUUAUGGUACAGGCUGCUUGGAAAUUUGAUGAUAUUGCACAGUUUCUACGCUUAUUAGAUAAAAAUAAAUCGAAAACUACAAUCACUGAAUAUUUUUGCCAGAUCAACGCUGCUGUUGUCGAUUUUCUGCGAAUGCAAUACAAUAAAUGUGAACGAGGUCCUGAUAUCUGUGAUCAUAAAAUAAAUUUGCACGCUAAACUUAUUGACAGCUGUUAUUGGAAGUAUGGUAGCUUAUGGAAUCAACAUAAAGAUGAUGGCUACUUCUAUCAUUAUAUCAUCGAACAUAUAAUAGAUGCUAAAGCUACCGAUACCUUAGUAAGACUAAUAGAUGACAUUGAAUGGACAGAAACUAAACUAAGAGCUACAAGAGCCGUUUCGAGUAUCUAUCUAGAUAUGAAAUGUUGUGAAACUUACUUUCAAGCAAAGCGAAUAAAGUAUGGCAAUGCCGAGCUGUUUCAUAUAUUGAAACAGUUUGGGCAGUAUCUAAACAUGCAAAAUAUCGAUUUGGUGCAGUUUAUCCUUUUCUUUGGUGAUGAAACCACUCAGAUAUUUAAUAAAGCACUUGCAAUUGCUAAAGCACGAACAGUAGAAAAACUGUCCAUCUAUUCCAAAUUACGAUGCUGGUAUGCAAUUAGUGAGGAACAGAACAAAAUCACUGCUAAAUCUUUUACAAAAAGAGUUAAGAGCUCUUCUCCGGUUUAUGCUUGUUCAAAUCCUUCACUCUCAAAACUAAAAUUUGUACUAUGUGAAAAUGAUGGCAUGAAAAGUAAAGUUACGACGCUAAUUUAUGAUAAGGGAAACUCUGUAACCAAUUGGAUUAAGAUGAACGUUAAAAUUAAAUCGAUCAAAAUAAGCGCUGAUGGAAGUAUUAUAGCCCUGAAAUAUCAUGAGCCACCAAGACUAUCAGGUUUAGAUGCGCUUUAUUACAACACAUUUGCUAGAAAUGAUAAAGGAUGCGAAGACGAUGUGAAUUUAUCUAAUAGCAAUAUGUAUCACAAAUGGGAAAUUUGGUUGGCGGAUAAUCAUGAACGACUACAAUUUGUUCAAUAUUCCAACGCUGAUAUCGUUGAUUGUGCUGAUUGUCAGUUAGAAUUUUCUCCUAAAAUAGCUCAUAUAGCUUUUACUAUCGAUGUAAGGAGUAGAAAGUCUAUCAUUAAAAUUUGGCAGAUUUACGAGACUAGCGCAUAUUGUAAGGAAAGAAUUGUUGUUGAAAGUAAUUUAGUGUCAUGGCAACAGUUUGCAGUUUGGAAUAUCGAAGAUGUUUAUCGUAUCUGGCGUAUUCGAUUACCUAGAUUGAUACUAAAGUACGACUACUCUACCACGAAAGAAAGUGUUCGUGAAAAUAAAACACUACUGCUACAUAAUUUAUCAUAUGAUGGCCUCAAAAAUGCAUUACUAGUCCAAUAUGGCUGCAUUCUGGGAUAUGUUUUACUCGAGCAAAAUGAAAAUAAUACGAUAGAUGUACGUAAAGAAUUUAAGAACCUUUUCAGAGCAUGCUACAAAUUAGAAUAUGGAUACAAGCAUUUAUCAACCUCAUAUGAUUGUCAGCUGCUUUUAUUUCAGUCUGCAAAUUCGGAAGAUCUCCUGAUUUACAAAGGAGAAACCCUGGAACAAGUAUCUUCUAAUCGUGUUGGGGGGUGGACCAACAGUAAACCAUUACAAGAAUGGAAUAUUUGCUUAUUCCAAAAUCUGCAUGAUUUUAUUAUAUUAGAAAAAUAUGAAUGUAACGGUGGUUGUUCUAAUUCGCGAACGUCACAUUCUAUGCAUUCGCAUGUAAUUACUCAACUACGAGAAGUAAACAAUCCUAGGCGUGUGAAAUGGGAAACAGAGCAAACUUUUGUAGCUUAUAAUUUGCAAUUAUGGAAAAUGAACUAUCGGAAGUUUGACCAUAAAUUUAUUUUUACUUGGAAAUAUGACGAAGAACAAUUUCAUUAUUCGUAUGGUCUUAUCAUUAGCAUGAUAAAUUACUUAGAUGGACAAAUAGUCAAGGGAAAAUAUAUUUUAGAAUUAGAGGAUAAUUUAAUUCGAAUUUAUCAUCGAAAGACAUUACAACCCGUGCAACAGCUCUGUUUCCAGCUUAUGAAGAGGAUAAAGAAAUUAAAACUUAGUGAUGAUCAAAAUUUAAUGAUUUGUAAUGAUUCCCGAAAGAAUUAUUAUGUUUUAAGAAAAAUUGACAUAUAA